AGCAACCUCUGGCUAUCCUUUUUCUUAGGUACUGUGGCUCACGUUCUGACAGCCAAGAGUGGUGCAGAGGAAAUGGAACCAAAGUCUCUACAGACCUUUCGUGAUUACUGCAAAUCACAAAUUUUCUCUCACCCAGCCUCAUCAUCAGUUCACACUCUAAGACCAUCAGAUAUCAAAGCAAUUGCUGCUAUAGGAAGCCUGGGAAAUACUGAAGAUUUUAGGACAGACCAGGCUGACCUUCUCAAAAGCACUGAGAAAGAUCUUAUCCAAGAAAGCAUGAAAACUUUGAAGGAUCUUGUUAGCCUAUUUAAUCCUUCUGUGCAGUAUUACUCUUCUCUUGGAAACAGCAAGGAUGUGUCAAGAAAUGAAACUAUACAUCUCUUCAGUCAAGCUAAAGAAAUUGUGAAGAGUAUGAAAAAGAACCAGUCGACAGAUUACCAAAAUGAUUGGAAGCUAAUAACAGUUUUCCACCCAUGUCCUUUCCGUUCUUCUGUCUCUCAGGUGGCCUCCUACACUGACAGCAUUAAAAAACUUGAAAGCAUUUUGGAUUAUCUGCACAAACAAGUUCCCAAGGCGUUUGUAAAUCUAGUGGAUUCUACUCUACUCACAUUCUCAUCUCUUCCACACACUGAUUUGAAUCACACCAGACUAAAUGAAACUGUAUGGAGAUGGUCCUAUCUGGAUGCUUUGGAAAAGCUUCUGGCAUCUAGAAAGUAUGAACUGAAAAACAAUUUCACUGUUGUUCUUCAGACAUCUCUCCAAGAAGAAAAUGUGCCUUUUAUAAUAAACAGGCAAGAAAACGACUAUUCCACAGAAAAGAUACCCAUAGCCAUCCCAGGGAAGAAGCUAGCCGGGGCUGCACUUGGCAUAGGAAUCUGGAACAAUAUGAUGGAACCAGCUGGACAGAAGCAACCCUAUCAUUUCAACAAAAUGCCUGAAGCACGUUGUCCUUCUUCUCAGGAGUAUCCGUACUUCUUCACAUACAGGAACAGUAACUAUUCAUCUUUUUCUGCGGAGCUGCAGACUGAAGCCAUGCCUCAAGAAAGGAGCUUUGGGACUAGCAUUCUGUGUCCUGACCGUACCCCCUCAAACACAAUUCCUACCUCAGUUCAUAACUUGAGGCCAGGAGAUAUUAAAGUUAUAGGUGCCCUUGGAGAUUCACUAACAGCAGGAAAUGGGGCAGGAUCUACACGAUACAAUGUUAUAGAUGUUCUGACACAGUACCGAGGUCUUUCAUGGAGUGUUGGUGGAAAUGAAAAUCUAAGCACAGUCACAACAUUAGCAAAUAUUCUUCGGGAGUUCAAUCCUUCUCUGUUAGGUUUUUCCACUGGCAAAGGAACACAUAACACAGCAAAUGCCUACCUGAACCAGGCUGUGGCAGGAGCACGCUCAGAGGAUGUCCCAUCUCAGGCAAGAAGACUAAUAGAACUGAUGAAGAAUGAUCCUAAAAUAAAGUUCCAAGAAGACUGGAAGCUCAUAACGAUUUUCAUAGGAGGAAAUGACUUGUGUGAUCAUUGUAAGGAUCCUGUACAUUAUUCUCCUGAAAAUUUCACAAGCAAUAUACAGACAGCCUUGGAUAUACUCCAUAAAGAGGUCCCUCGAGCCUUUGUGAACCUGGUGACAAUUCUUCAAAUAACAACUUUAAGGAAACUGUAUCAGGAGAAGAGUAUUAACUGCCCAAGACUGAUCAUGAGAUCUCUGUGUACAUGUGUUUUGAACCCUGAAGAUAAUUCCAGUGAAAUUGAAAUGCUAGAGUCCUUCAACAAAAGAUAUCAGGGGGAGACCCACGGCUUAGUCAAUAGUGGAAGAUAUGACACAAGAGAAGAUUUCACAGUGGUUGUGCAGCCAUUUCUGGAAGAAGCAACAAUGCCUAUGACUUCGGAGGGGUUGCCUGAUUCUUCAUAUUUUGCCCCAGACUGCUUCCAUUUUCAUCAGAAGGCUCACUCUCAGACUGCCCGGGCUCUGUGGAACAGCAUGCUGGAACCUAUCGGGGGGAAAACAAAACUGCAAGCACUUGAAACUGAAAUAACCCUCAAAUGUCCAAAUCAGACCCAGCCAUAUUUUAUGACAUACAGAAACAGCAACUAUACUUAUCAGAACACAAUCACCCCAGUCUACGGAAGCCAGUUGCUAUGCGAUGAUAGAGUUCCAUCCAUCAGUAACCCUACUUCAGUGCAUGGCCUCAAACCAGCUGAUGUGCAAGUAAUAGCAGCCUUGGGGGAUUCAUUGACUGCUGGUAAUGGCAUUGGAUCAAAGCCAAAUGACAUGUUGGAUAUGAACACACAGUAUCGUGGCUUGGCUUGGAGCAUUGGAGGAGAUGCUUCAUUACAGAGUGUCACAACUUUGCCUAAUAUCCUGCGAGAGUUCAACACUAACCUCACAGGUUAUUCGACUGACAUAGGUGGCCCAAGUGAGAUGAAUGCCUUUCUUAAUCAAGCAGUUCCAGGAGCAAAGGCUGAGGAUCUACCAGACCAAGUGAAACAUCUUGUGAAAUUAAUGAAAAAUGACUUGACAAUUAAAUUUGACACUGACUGGAAGGUCAUAACUGUAUUCAUUGGAGUUCAUGAUCUGUGCAACUAUUGCAAAGAUGUGAAUCACUAUUCAGCUGUAAACUUUUCAACUCAUGUUCAAGAAGCGCUUGACCUUCUUCAUGCAGAGGUGCCUAAGGCUUUGGUUAACUUGGUGGAGGUAAUGGACAUUUUCCCCCUGAGACAGUUGUUUCUGGAUAGCAGGCUUCCAUGCCCCACACAUCAAGCAGAAGAUCUCUGUAGCUGUGUUCUCCCCAUUCAAGAGGGCUCCUCUGAAAUGGUGAUGAUGAAGGAAGCAGUCAAAGCCUAUCAGAGUAGCCUACAAAAACUGGUGUGGAAUGGCAGGUAUGACACACAAGAGGACUUUACAGUCAUAUUACAGCCUUUCCUCCAGACCAUUGAAUUGCCUCUUCUACAGGAUGGACGUCCAGAUGUUUCCUUCUUUGCACCUGAUUGUUUUCACAUGAGUCAAAAAUCACAUUCCCAGCUUGCCAAGACCCUCUGGAACAGUAUGCUGCAGCCUUUGGUGGGGAAAGCCAUUUCCUUCAAUUUUAUGGAUAAUAUAACGCUGAGCUGCCCAACUCUGCACCACCCUUUCCUGGGAACCUACAAGAAUAGCAAUGAGACUCAUUCAUCUCUGGAUCCCACCAACCAGCCAAACCAGAAUUGGGGCAGUGACCUAUUGUGCCCUAGACAGACUGCAUCAAAAAAACAUCCCAACAUCAGUUCCUCCUUGCACAGGCUGCAACCAGCUGACAUCCAAGUAGUAGCAGCAUUAGGUGAUUCUUUGACGAGUGCCAUAGGAGUCAAAGCAACUGGUUUGAAUGAUCUGGAAACAACAUGGAGAGGGCUUUCCUGGAGCUCUGGAAGUGAUGGAAACUUGGAGACUCAUACAACUUUACCUAACAUCUUGAAAAAGUUUAAUCCAAACCUCACUGGUUUCUCCACUGGCACCCAGAAGGAAACUGCAGGAUUCAAUGUAGCAGAAGGAGGAGCUGUAGCACAGAACCUACCAGCCCAAGCUCGUGAAUUGAUAGAGCGAAUGAAAAAACAGCCCGGUAAGUGAGACAUCAACUAUAAGGAGGACUGGAAGUUAGUCACCAUUUUGAUUGGGGGCAAUGAUCUGUGUCAGUAUUGCUUAAACAAGGAAACCUAUUCAGUGGGAAAGUAUGUAGAACACCUCCAGGACACUCUUGAUAUCUUUUACAAGGAGCUCCCUCGGGCCUUUGUCAAUAUGGUGGAGAUAAUGGAACUCGUUGGACUGCGUCAGAUAGAAAGAGAAGCAUCCGGAUGUGUUCUUUCAGGGGCGAGCCUUUGUCCCUGUAUUCUAAACAUUCCAGAAAACUCCCCAGAACUACAAGAAAUUCAAAGGAUAAACAGAGAUUUUCAGGAUAGAACUGCCAUGCUGAUCCACAGCGGUCGCUAUGCCCAACGGGAGGACUUUGCUGUUGUUAUACAACCGUUUUUCCAAAACACCAUCAUGCCACUAAACAGCGAUGGGAAACCAGACCUAAGUUUCUUUGCAGUGGAUUGCUUUCAUUUCUCAGAGAGGAGCCAUGCCGAGAUGGCCAUAGCACUUUGGAAUAACAUGAUGGAGCCAGUUGGUCAUAAACAGACAUACAAUAACUUCACGUAUGAAAGGUCGAAACUCAAGUGUCCAACCUCAGAACAUCCCUUUCUUUUCACAUCAAGGAACAGCAAAAUGCAGAGUUCAGAAAAUGAGGCUAAGAGCAGCAGAGACACUGUGCCUUACUGGGCUGUGAUUGUGGCAGCAACAGUUGGAACUUUGGCAGGAUCCCUCCUUGUUUGGGUUUUGAUGACUCAGAGAAGCAGCAGAGGCCGAAGGUCAGGAGUCUCAGCAACCAAAGAGAAGGCGACAGGAUUUUAAAUAUGUAUGCUGCACAAAGGAGAUAGAGCAAAACAUCUACCACCAGUGGUAUUAAGGGAGUGCUAUUGAAUAAUGGAAGCUUAAUUGCAGCUUUGCACAUGCGAUUUUUAAAUGAACUUUUUCUGUCUCAGAGUGGAAGAAGUUUGCUCAGUCUAGACAUUGUGGUCCAGAAUUUUAAAGAUAUGAUGCAUAGAGUGGAGAAUUAAAACAAUAACAAUCAAAAUUUAACCUGGCUCCACUGAUUUUAAGUGAGGGUGCAUCCGGGUGAUAUUUUUAUUGUGCAAUUGCCCUGAUUCAUUCAUGAAACAUUACAGAGCAUCUAGAUAUCUUCUUCCAUUUCUUCCAUCCUUUUUCAAAAACCACAGAAAAUCAAUUAAGGAGGAAACAAUGAAAUAGCUGCACAAUGCCUUUUGAAUGCUAACACUAGCAGACUUCAACCUGGAUAUUUGUUAAUGGAAUGGAGAUUCUAAGAUUCUAUACUGUGAUUAAGUGGUUAUGCAUGUUGCAUUCUUACUAAAAAUCAUUUACUGGAUCAGGACUGAUUUCUUAUUAGGUGACAUUCUCUGUAUAAAUUUAAAUCAACAUGCAUAAGUGAGCAUGCUAUACAUCUAUUACAAUAUCAACUGUAAUUUGUAUGACUCAGCCUUGUAUCUAUUUCCCGAAUGUUGGAAUAUCAUUGUUUGCAAUAUUUUGUUCCAUACACAGUAUGAUAACACACUACAGUGGUCUAGUACUCAAGUGAAUCUGUGCUCUACUCAGUAACUUUUUUUUCUAAAUCACCCUCAGUAAUAUUUUUGUCUAAUACUGAGAAUCAUAACUAUAAAUGCUGACCUUUUUUUUUGUAGAAGCAAAUAAACAAGAAAGAAAAACCCUAAGCAACAACCCCUGGAAAGGAUUUAAUGAAUAUAAUAACCACCAG